AUGCCGGACGAAGCCACUGAAAACGCCGGCUCCACCUCCGCCCGCGUCUCGUCCUUCUUCAUCGAGGACCUGCUGGGCACCGAGGGCACGGCGGGCGGCGGGGCGCGGCGGGCGGCGGCGGCGGGCGGCGGGCGCGGGGGGCAGCGCUGCGGGCCGCCCUCCCCGCUGCGCAUCGGCGCCCCGGGCUGCCCGCUCCGCGACGCCGCCGUGGGCUGGUACCGCCGGGCUCACGCCGCCUUCCUGGGCUGCGCCAGCCCCGACACCAGCGACCGGGACUCUCCGGAGCUGCCCGAGGAGCCGGCGGAGCGGGCGGGCGGCGGCGGGCGGGCGGCGGGCAGAGCCGCGGCGGGCGGGCGGCCGGGCCCGGGCGGCCGCGAGGAGGAGGAGGAGCGCGGCGAGGAGCCGGGAGAGCCGGAGCAGCGCAACGCCGGCCGCAAGAAGAAGACGCGCACGGUGUUCAGCCGCAGCCAGGUGUUCCAGCUGGAGUCCACCUUCGACGUGAAACGCUACCUGAGCAGCUCCGAGCGGGCUGGGCUGGCCGCCUCGCUGCACCUCACCGAGACGCAGGUGAAGAUCUGGUUCCAGAACCGCCGCAACAAGUGGAAGCGGCAGCUGGCCGCAGACCUGGAAGCGGCCAACCUGUCCCACGCCGCCCAAAGGAUAGUGCGGGUCCCCAUUUUGUACCACGAGAACUCGCCGGCGAGCGCCUUGGGCUUCACCCUGCCGCACAUGUCACCCCCCUUGGUGGGCUUCUCCAGCGGCGUCAGCUACCCCCUGGGCACCUUCCCCGCCGCCUCCCUCCCUUUCCUACGGUCGCAGAUGACAGGACUCGUCUGA